GCCGCUGGAGACAAGCCUCCAUGUGUGAAAGCCGCUUGGCAUGAAUGCCUGGGCCGUACCAAGCGCCGCGGCGCCCGCGGGGGGAGGCCGCCCCGCCGCCCUGCCGCCCCGCGCAGACAAUAGGCCCCGAAAGGCUUCCCCCUAAGUUGCCUUGAUGCUGCCCUAGUGCCCGGCGAGCGCAGGCCGCGCCGCCGGCAGGGUCCCGCUCCCCGCCGCCCCCCGACAUGCUGCUCCGAGCCUUCGCCGCCUGAGGCAGGUGAUCUUUUCUUGUGAGACGAGUAGUUCGCAUCUCAUGGCCUCCACAAUGAGGACUGCAGUGUCGUGACACCAGAGUUCUUGCGUGCCCUGGAGAUGCGAGAAUCCCCCUGGGCGGCAGGAGGCACGCGUCUAGAGAAUGCUGGAGCUGCCGGAGGGAAGCGCCCAGGGCAAAGCCAGAGAGGAGCUAAGAGGAAAAAGGCAAGCGGGCAGCCGGCGCUGAGAGAAGCGGGCGCUAGGAAGCGCUUCGACGCUGCCUCUGGCGGCACGCUCCCCAGGGGGACUUGACGAGAGCCCAUCUGCGUCUGUGUGAGACUGUGAGCUCAGGAUUUCUG